UCUUCUCUCAUGGAAGAGCAGCGAGGGGCUGCAGGAUCAGUGUCCGCGGCUCGGAGUCAGGCCUUACACUCUCCACAACAUGGCCAACAUAUCCUAUCACAUCUCCAACCUGCUGGAGAAGAUGACAUCCAGUGAUAAGGACUUCAGGUUCAUGGCCACCAAUGACCUGAUGGUAGAGCUGCAGAAAGACUCCAUUAAGUUGGACGAUGACAGUGAGAAGAAGGUGGUGAAGAUGUUGCUCAGGCUGCUGGAGGAUAAAAAUGGGGAGGUGCAAAACCUGGCUGUGAAGUGCUUGGGCCCACUGGUCAGCAAGGUGAAAGAGUACCAGGUGGAGACGAUUGUGGACACAUUAUGUACGAACAUGCUGUCUGAUAAAGAGCAAUUACGGGACAUAUCCAGCAUUGGCCUGAAGACUGUCAUUGCAGAGCUGCCUCCUGCUUCUAGUGGUUUAGCCCUGUCCGCCAAUGUCUGCAAGAAGAUCACUGGACGCCUGACGAGUGCUAUUGCCAAACAAGAGGAUGUGUCUGUCCAGCUGGAGGCCCUGGAUAUACUGUCCGAUAUGCUAAGCAGGUUGGGUGGGACCCUGAUCACAUUUCACUCUUCCAUCCUGAGCUGUCUGCUGCCUCAGCUGUCGAGCCCCAGGCUAGCUGUUCGCAAGAGAACCAUCAUCGCCCUGGGGCACUUGGUCAUGAGCUGCAGCAGCUGUCUCUUCUCUGAGCUAAUGGAUCAUCUACUGGUCGAACUGUCGAAGAAUGAAUCUACCUCCAUGACCAGAACUUAUAUCCAGUGCACCGGUGCCAUCAGUCGACAGGCUGGACACAGAGUUGGAGAACACUUGGAGAAGAUUAUUCCGCUGGUUGUGAAAUACUGCAAUGUGGAUGAUGAUGAGCUGCGAGAGUACUGCUUCCAGGCAUUCGAGUCCUUUGUGAGAAGGUGUCCAAAGGAGAUGUCCCUUCACAUCCCUGCUAUGAUUGGACUGUGCCUCAGAUACAUCACAUAUGAUCCUAAUUACAACUACGACCAAGAUGAGGAAGAUGAUGAUGCCAUGGAAACAGACAAGGGUGAUGAAGAAGAGGAUCAAGAUAGUGAAGAAGAGUACACGGAUGAUGACGACAUGAGCUGGAAGGUGCGCCGAGCCUCCACCAAGUGCUUAGAUGCCAUCGUGAGCACUAGGCAUGAGAUGCUGCAGGAGUUUUACAAGACGGUCUCGCCGGCCCUAAUCGGGCGAUUCAAGGAGCGAGAGGAGAAUGUGAAGGCUGACAUAUUUCACGCUUAUGUCUCUCUCCUGAAGCAGACCAAACCAGUCCAGAGCUGGUUGCAGACUGCAGAUGCCUUGGCACAGGGAGAUAUGCCCCUAAUGAUGCUCCAACAUCAAGUACCUAGUAUAGUGAAAGCUUUGCAUAAGCAGCUCAAGGAGAAGAGCAUGAAGACUCGACAAGGCUGUUUCAACCUCCUCACUGAAUUGGCCAGUGUCCUACCCGGAGGCUUGUCAGAACAUAUACCAGCCUUGGUACCAGGCAUUAUUUACUCUCUCACGGACAAAUCAAGUACUUCAAAUAUGAAGAUUGAUGCACUGACCUUCUUCCAUGUCAUCCUUUGCAAUCAUCCCCCAGAAGUGUUCCACCCUCACAUCAAGAUAUUGCUGCCACCAACAGUAGCCUGCAUUAGUGACCCAUUCUACAAAAUCACUUCUGAAGCCUUGCUUGUGACCCAGCAACUUAUAGAGGUGAUCCGUCCACUGGGCAAGCCUUGUUCAUUUGAUGCUAAGCCUUACGUGAAGGAUUUGUUUAGUAGCACUUUAAAGCGAUUGAAAGCAUCUGACAUCGACCAAGAGGUGAAGGAGAGAGCAAUAGCCUGCAUGGGACAGAUCAUUUGUAAUCUUGGAGACAACUUAGGUGCUGAUCUGAAUCCCACUUUGCAGAUUUUCCUUGAACGACUGAAAAAUGAGAUCACAAGACUGACCACAGUGAAAACCUUGACCCUGAUUGCGAGUUCUCCUUUAAAAAUUGACCUGCGCCCAAUUCUUGGUGAGGGUGUUCCCAUCCUGGCCUCCUUUCUUAGGAAGAACCAGCGUGCAUUAAAGCUCAGCACCCUAGCUGCACUGGAUAUUCUGAUUAAAAAUUAUGGUGACAGUCUUAAGCCAGUGAUGAUCGAAUCAGUCUUAAAGGAGCUUCCAUCCUUGAUUGGGGAGAGUGACAUGCAUGUCUCCCAGAUGGCCAUCACCUUCCUGACAUCACUGGCCAAAGUCUAUCCAUCGUCUGUGUCCAAGAUUGGCGGGUCCAUAUUGGUGGAACUAUUCAACCUAGUUCGCUCACCACUGCUCCAAGGAGGGGCUCUGAAUGCCAUAUUGGACUUCUUCCAGGCUUUGGUGGUAUCCAAGACUCCUAACAUGGGCUACAUGGAGCUUCUCAAGCAGCUGACAGGAACCAUCUAUUCAUCAGCUCAGUCAGGCGGUGGUGUGGUUUUGCACAAACAGGCUUAUUACUCUGUGGCUAAAUGUGUAGCUGCACUUACCUCAGCUUGUCCAAAGGAUGCCAGUACGGUGGUGAACCAAUUUGUCCAAGAUGUGAAGAACCCCAAAUCCUCUGACUCGGUCCGCUUGUUGGCUCUACUUUCUUUAGGCGAGAUAGGCCGCACCAUGAGCCUAGGUGCACAAAAAGAGCUCAAGGUGGUCAUCCUUGAAGCGUUUUCAUCACCUAGCGAGGAGGUAAAGUCAGAUGCCUCCUAUGCAUUAGGAAACAUCAGUGUCGGAAACCUCAGCGAAUAUCUUCCUUUCAUACUCAAGGAGAUUACCAGUCAGCCCAAGAGACAGUACUUGUUGCUGCACUCAUUGAAAGAAGUCAUCAGCUCUUCCCCAGCAGACAGUUUGAAACCUCAUGUCCAGGAUAUUUGGGCCUUGCUGUUCAAAAACUGUGAGUGUGCUGAAGAGGGGACUCGGAAUGUGGUGGCCGAAUGUUUGGGAAAAUUAACCCUCAUUGACCCGAGCCACCUGCUGCCCAGAUUGAAGAAACAACUCACGUCAGGUUCAGCUUACGCUCGAAGCACAGUGGUGACUGCUGUCAAGUUUACAAUUUCAGACCAUCCGCAGGGGAUUGAUCUGCUGCUGAAAGGCUGUAUAGGAGAUUUCUUGCGGACCCUAGAGGACCCAGAUCUUAACGUCCGACGUGUUGCCUUGGUGAUGUUCAACUGCGCGGCUCACAAUAAGCCUUCUCUGAUCAGGGACUUGCUGGAGACGGUGCUUCCACAGCUGUACAAUGAAACCAAAGUCAGAAAGGAGCUCAUCAGAGAGGUAGAAAUGGGACCUUUCAAACACACGGUAGAUGAUGGGCUUGACAUUAGGAAAGCUGCUUUUGAAUGCAUGUACACCUUGUUGGACAGCUGCCUCGAUAGGCUGGACAUCUUUGAAUUUCUGAACCAUGUGGAAGAUGGCUUAAAGGAUCAUUAUGACAUCAAGAUGCUGACUUUCAUCAUGUUAGCGCGAUUGUCAGCCGUUAGCCCCAGUGCCGUGCUCCAGAGGUUAGACAGGCUGGUGGAACCCCUGCGUGCAACCUGCACUACUAAGGUGAAGGCUAACUCAGUGAAGCAGGAAUUUGAGAAGCAGGACGAGCUGAAACGCUCAGCCAUGAGGGCGGUAGCAGCUUUACUCACCAUCCCAGAGGCUGAGAAGAGUGCGCUGAUGGCAGAGUUCCAGUCACAGAUCCGGUCCAACCCAGAGAUGGCGGCCAUUUUUGAAAGCAUUCAGAAGGACAACACAUCAGCGAAUAGUACAGAAACAAUGGACAUCAGCUAAAAAAGCAAACGAAAAGGAUCUAAACAAGAUGCUUUGGCUUCAUAACUAACUCCUGUGUGAAAUAUUAUUUAUAUCUUGCCAUUUGUUUUUUUUUCUGUUGUUGCAGCCCCUCCUAUCAGCACAAUGACUGGUAUGGGCUGGCUGUCUGUGUUGCCUUUGCAUGACUUUUGUUUCUGGAUGUUAGUGACUCACAAUACGGUCCAUAUAGUGUCCCCCUCCACCACACCCAGCACCCAGUACUGUGUUGGAAUGUUGGGGAUUUUGAGGUGACUGAUGGUCGUAGUUGGACUCGCUCUCCCCAUUGGGAAGAAAGGGCAAACUGGGCUUUGAGAGGGAGAGAUUGAAGGGUCCCAAUGAACAUCACUCAAGUGACCUCAUAAGGCACAAAAUGAAGCCGCUGAAUUGGAAAUAUGUCUGUGCAUCUCGUCGCCCUAACCAAAGAAGAUUUUCAAAUUUGGUGAUUGUAUGCUCGCCCCAAGUACUGACCUGAAUUCUACCAUCUCAAUCGUGGGAUGACUGAUUCAAUGCAUGUUCAGACCUCUGUUCUGGAUGUAGUGCUCACAGUACAAUCUGGGAGGCUCGACCACCUACCAGGUGAGAAUUCUGGGCUGCCAGUACCAAGUAAUGGUUGCAUUUGGACCCUUCUCUAGAGGAAGGCAGAAAAAAACUAAUUUUUGGAAGAGAGGCGUAUGGGUGAGGAAUUAGGCUGGGAGGGGAAAGGACAGUCAACUUAAAUGAACAAGACUGCUGGAAGACAGUUACCAGAUUAAUACAGUCCCAUGGUGUGACCUCGAGUAACGUCAAGUGUGUUGGCACAACAAUAACCUAUGUAAAUGCAACCUGACCAUUGCUAUUCUGUAUGGAUGAACCCUUUUUCAUCACAUUGGCCUGGCAAUCCUGGGUACUUUCAAUGAUGUCACAUGUUGCUGUGAGCACCACUGCCUUACUGCCGUAUAUUUUCCUAGGAUAAUCGUGCAGGCUAUUGAGCGUUCCAUUUGGAACAGCCAAGAUUGGGGAAUGGUCUAGUCUAGUUGUGAAGCCCAGCUCUAUGCUUCAUGGUGUUGAUACACAGCAACCAGCACUGUCCCCAGACUCUACUGUUGUAAAAUACAGAUCUCCAAAUCUGUUUCAUAGUCAUGGGCUCCUCCAAUUCAUGAUGGUCACCACUAUGGUUCAGAAAGGUAUAAUUCAGGAAUGUACAAAACAGAUUUUUCCAAUCCUGUUUGCAUUUCUUUAUCCCUGACGGAACAGCCAAGUUCUCCUGGUGAGGAACUUCGGACUGAGACAAGCUGUGCUUAGGUGACUGUUUUAGUCCUUGCAGACUCUACCAUUGAGGGGAAAAUCAUUUGUUUCAAAGCAUUUCAAUUUAGCAUGUGGGAGUAGUUUAUUGGGAAUGAAAAUGGUGAAUUGCUGAUGCAAGCAGAUCAACCCCCUCCCCUUCUAUAAAUGAAACAAUUAGACUUGGUGCUGACAGAUUGCAACUAAAGCAAAUGCAUAUUCUACUCCUUUGCCCUCUGGCACAGCUAAUUAUGCUAAUGCUAAAUGUCAUGUGAUGCAACACCUUGCUCUACAUUCUAUCUUUUAAGAAAUAAAAUUAGUGAAUUGGAUGGAAGAUGGUCCAUUCACUACAAUGCACUGUUAAACCUGGGAUCCUGAAGUGAAGCAGUCUACUUGGGCUCCCAGUGUCAAUUUUCAGGUAUUCAUCAGUAUUGGAUUUGGGAAGUUUAACAACAAUGGGAGAGAUUGGGUGCAAUGAUGAUGAUCAGCAUCUAGAUGUCUCCAGCACAGCUUGUAAAUAUAUCAUCCAUUAGUUACCAAAUGCAUUACUGGCAUCUAGUGUCAUAUGCUAAUACUGUGGCAGCUGUCACAUACACAGAACUGUGUUGGCAUACUGCCUGAUAUUAGGUCUAUUUGAUCUUUCAGUUGUGCCCAGUUGAAAUGUUGGCUGCCCAUCAAGCACUGGACCAGAUGGGGUGCUGCUAAAUAGGUCUUCUGGUAUCUUGGAUCUAUAAGCUUAACAUGCGAAGAUGACUUGAACAGUUUGCAAGCUAUAAAUGUGAUGUUUUGAAUCUGAUCAGCUCAAAAGUACUGGAAAACUGCCACAGAAAGCAAUAUAGUGACUCAUUUGCAACUUUUCCAGUUUUUUUUUAAAGUCAAAGGCAACUGUCAAUAUGGAGUGUUAUAUUAAAAGUUCAUGAAUAUUUUGGAGCAAGUGGUAUUAUAAAAAUAAAGGUUGAAGCACGG